AUUGUGAAUGUGGAAAACACUCCAAAAUACUUUUACGUCAAUGAAUUUCUCUAUAUAAAGACGAAACGAAGAUAUUUUCAUCACAGUGAAACAAAUAUGUCUCGUUUGAGCUUACUAGUUGUGUUAUCCGCAGCAUUUGUAGCAAUCACAGCAACUCCUGCUGUGGAUCUUGGUGGAGGCUGCACGAUCACCAGUUUUAACCAAGUUGACUCCGUAGUGAAGAGUUGCAGUAAUAUCGUAAUUUCAGGUCUCACUGUUCCCGCUGGAAAAACUUUGGAACUCAACCUCAAAGACAACGCCAAACUGACAUUCCAGGGUACAACCAAAUUCGAACACCAUGUAUGGAAAGGCCCCCUUGUCAUCAUCAGUGGUAACAAAAUCACUGUAACAGGAGCUUCAGGAUCGAAACUUGAUGGACAGGGUCCUGCAUAUUGGGAUGGCAAAGGUGAAAAAACCACAAAACCAAAGUUCUUCAAAAUUAAAGCUAAAGGAGGCUCUGUAUUCAAGAAUCUGCAGCUGCUUAACUGUCCAGUUCAAUGUGUAUCCAUUGACUCCUGUAGUGACUUGACAUUGUCUAAUUUCAAUAUUGAUAAUUCUGCUGGAAAAAAAUUGGGACACAACACUGAUGGAUUCGACAUUUCCUCGUCUAAAAACCUCAUCAUCGACAACGCCCAUGUCACGAACCAAGACGACUGUAUCGCAGUAAAUAAAGGAUCUAAUAUGAUUUUCAGAAAUAUUCAUUGCUCAGGGGGACACGGACUGAGCAUUUCAGUGGGUCAGAGUAAAACAGGUUCAUUCGAAGAUAACACCAUCAAAAACGUUACUUUCAUCGACAGCUACGUAACAGAUUCCGACAAUGGAAUUCACGUUAAAACGCAUUCUGAUGCUGGAAAAGGUUCUCUCACAGAUGUUACCUACCAGAAUAUUGAAAUGUCAGGCAUCCGUAAAUUUGGAAUAAACAUCGAACAGGAUUACGAAAACGGUAAACCAACAGGAAAACCUAAAAAUAACAUUCCCAUCACCAAGUUCACUGCCAAAGGCAUUCGUGGACACAUGACUGGAUCUAACUCAAUGGCCGUGAAAAUUUUGUGUGCUCAAGGAGGAUGCUCAAACUGGGUAUGGUCCGGAGUAUCAUUAUCCGAUGCUGCGAAAAAAAGUUCUUGUACUGCAUCACCUGUAAAAGCCUGUUAGAAAUUGUACAGUUUUAUAAUGAAUAUACCAUCUGAAAAGAA